CAGGGUUUUUCUAACACUUGCUGUUAAUGGAUGCCAAUGUAAUGUUUUUACUCACAGUAAGAUGUCAGGAAAACCCAUACAUGAGUCUUCUCCAAGGAUGAGUUGAUUCGAAGAUACAGUUGCAAAACUUGGUAAGUAUUUAUCCAGCUGAGUAACCAUCACCGUCUAGGCAUCUAAUCUAUGGUGCCCUGCACGAGUCAAUACCCCGCCAACUCACAGACAAAUCCAUGUUUAUAGCAGUGGAAUUUUUUAAGCUUUGAAACUAAGAACAAUCGGAACGUGUUUUAAUUCCAAAUAUUUUAAUGUAAUCAAGUUCUUAAACUAUUAUUAAUUUUCUACUUAAUUAUUACAUUAAUAUUUUCUGCUUGAUUCCCUUCUCUAUCAAGCCUUUGCCUUAAAGAAAACCCACUUCAGCCUUUCUAAUCAACAACCCAUCAAAUCACUGUCAGAGAAAUCAAGGGCUGUGAUUCAAUUUCCUGUUUGAUUUCUCCGUUGGAGGGUUUGUUGGAGGUGGUUUUGUGUGUCGAUAACGGAGAUGCUAAUUCAGUAAAGAUUCAAGAUUUAUACAGAACUAGGCCCUUCGCAGUGUAUGUGAAGGAAAGACUCGUUUUUGGAAAAUGAUAUUUCUUCAGUUAACAAGUUCUGAUAACAUUUGCAUUUAGGGCUUGUUAUUAAUGGCGGACCUUAAAGAACGCCUGCUCCCUCCAAAACCAGCAUCAGCUAUAAACCUUAGAGAUUCAUCUUAUCGACCAUCUGCCUCUGGACGCCAACCUUUCCAAGGCGUUGAUGUUCCGGGUUUGAAAAAACGUGGCCAAGGCCUUCGAUCGUGGAUUCGUGUUGAUUCAUCGGGAAAUUCCCAAAUUAUUGAGGUUGACAAGUUCACAAUGAUGCGUCGUUGUGACCUACCUGCUCGUGAUUUACGCCUGCUUGAUCCUCUUUUUGUUUACCCCUCAACAAUCCUUGGUAGAGAGAAGGCUAUAGUUGCAAACUUAGAGCAGAUUCGGUGUAUUAUUACGGCUGAUGAGGUUCUGCUCCUAAAUUCCCUUGACAGCUACGUGUUGCAGUAUGUAGUGGAGCUACAAAGACGAUUGACAACACGGGGGGUAGGUGAUGUAUGGCAGUCAGAAGGUGCUGAACUGAAUCGAAGGAGAAGUAGGAAUUUUGACAGUGUAUUUGGGAAUACAUCCCCUGAUUAUUUGCCCUUUGAGUUUAGGGCUCUUGAAGUUGCUCUGGAAUCUGCUUGUACAUUCCUUGAUUCUCAGGCAGCAGAAUUAGAAAUUGAAGCAUACCCAUUACUAGAUGAACUGACAUCAAAGAUCAGUACAUUGAAGUUGGAACGUGUACGAAGGUUAAAAAGCAGACUUGUUGCUUUGACUCGGAGGGUUCAGAAGGUAAGAGAUGAGAUUGAGCAGCUCAUGGAUGAUGAUGGAGAUAUGGCCGAAAUGUUUCUCACUGAAAAGAAAUGUAGGAUGGAAUCAUCAUUCUAUGGUGAUCAAUCUUUGAUGGGAUUUAGGUCAAAUGAUGGUGGGACAUCUAUUUCUGCUCCGGUUUCUCCUGUUUCAUCACUUCCUGAUUCACGAAAACUUGAGAAAAGCCUGAGCAUUGCAAGGAGCCGACAUGAGAGUAUGAAGAGCACUGAAAGUGCUACUGAGAAUAUAGAAGAGCUGGAGAUGUUGCUAGAAGCGUACUUUGUUGUCAUUGAUAGCACCCUGAACAAGUUGACAUCAUUGAAGGAGUACAUUGAUGACACGGAGGAUUUCAUCAACAUUCAGCUGGAUAAUGUCCGAAAUCAACUGAUCCAAUUUGAGCUUCUACUCACAACAGCAACAUUUGUUGUCGCCAUUUUUGGAGUGGUGGCAGGUAUCUUUGGCAUGAACUUUGCCAUACCAUUGUUUGAUGAUGCUGGUGCAUUUAAGUGGGUCCUCCUAAUUACUGGAGUAACUGGAGUCAUCAUAUUUUGUGCGUUCAUGCGGUUCUUCAAGUACAGAAGGCUUAUGCAGCUAUAGACUGUUAGGAAAAUGCAAUUAGAAAUGAAGAAAUGUAUGUAUUUCCAUCGCUGCUACUAUUAUUUAUUACUUAAUGGUUGAAAUGCAGAAUAGAAAAUGGAAAGUUGAUUCCCUGUUAUUUGCUUCAGAUAAUAUUUUCAUGUUUACUCAUAGCAAAUGGAAAUCGACAAGAAGUCAUGGACGAAGGCAAAUAUGGGACCUUCAUUUUCAAUAGUUCAUAUUUAUCGGUGGUUGAUGAUAACAACCUUACUAUAUUUCAUGUGGGAACCCUGUGGGAAAACUACCAUACAUUGGUAAUUGAUUUGCCAUGGAUGGAUUAUAAUAGUAGAAUUAUGAUUUACUUUUUUAAAAACCA